UGCGGAGCGCGCACCCCGGGCGAGGCUGACAGAUCGCCCGGUGGGUGCAAGAUGGCGCAAGCGGCUCUCUCCCUGCGCCCCCGGCUCUCCUAGGCAGGCAUGCGGCCCCAGCCCCCCGCCGCCCGGGCUCGGCCCCGGCCCGGGCCCCGGCCCAGGCCCCGGCGCCGGCCCCGCGGGACGCUCUGAGCCGCGAGAGGCCCCGGAGCUGCGCGUCGCGGAGCGGACCGAGAGCCCCAUGGCUGCGCCGCGCGCCGCGCCCCCGCGCCACCCGCCCGCGCCGCACUGGCCCCGGCUCCUGCUGUCUCUGCUGCUGCCGCUGCUGCUGCCCGCGAGGAGCGAUGGUCUUGGCCACUCUGCCGAACUGGCAUUUGCUGUGGAGCCAAGCGAUGAUGUUGCAGUCCCUGGGCAGCCUGUGAUGCUGGGCUGCAGGGUAGAGGGGACCCCCCCAGUGCGGAUCACCUGGAGGAAGAAUGGGGUGGAGCUGCCGGAAAGCACCCACUCCACUGUGCUGGCCAAUGGGUCCUUGAUGAUCCCACACUUCCGGCUGGAGGGAGGAGGUAGCCCUUCGGAUGAGGGUGACUAUGAGUGUGUGGCUCAGAACCGCUUUGGGCUGGUGGUCAGCCGGAAGGCUCGCAUCCAGGCUGCAACCAUGUCAGACUUCCACGUGCACCCUCAAGCCACUGUGGGUGAGGAGGGUGGUGUAGCCCGCUUCCAGUGCCAAAUCCAUGGUCUUCCCAAACCCCAGAUCACAUGGGAGAAGAACCGAGUCCCCAUUGACACAGACAAUGAGAGGUACACACUGCUGCCCAAGGGGGUUCUGCAGAUCACAGGACUUCGGGCUGAGGACAGUGGCAUCUUCCACUGUGUGGCCUCGAACAUCGCCAGUGUCCGGGUCAGCCAUGGUGCCAGGCUUACUGUUUCAGGCUCAGGCUCUGGGGCCUACAAGGAGCCAAUGAUCCUUGUGGGGCCUGAGAACCUCACCCUGACCGUGCACCAGACGGCAGUGCUUGAGUGUGUCGCCACGGGCAACCCGCGCCCCAUUGUGUCCUGGAGCCGCCUGGAUGGCCGCCCCAUUGGGGUAGAGGGCAUCCAAGUGCUGGGCACGGGGAACCUCAUCAUCUCAGACGUCACCGUCCAGCACUCGGGUGUCUACGUCUGUGCAGCCAACAGGCCAGGCACCCGGGUCAGGAGAACGGCACAGGGCCGGCUGGUGGUGCAAGCCCCAGCAGAGUUUGUCCAGCACCCCCAGUCCAUCUCCAGGCCAGCUGGGACCACAGCCAUGUUCACCUGUCAAGCCCAAGGUGAGCCCCCACCUCACGUCACGUGGUUGAAGAAUGGACAGGUGCUGGGGCCGGGAGGCCACGUCAGGCUCAAGAACAAUAACAGCACGCUGACCAUUUCCGGAAUCGGCCCUGAAGACGAGGCCAUCUACCAGUGUAUGGCUGAGAACAGCGCCGGCUCCUCGCAGGCCAGUGCCAGGCUGACCGUGCUGUGGGCCGAGGGGCUGCCCGGGCCCCCCCGCAAUGUGCAGGCAGUCUCCAUGUCGUCCACUGAGGUCCGCGUGUCCUGGAGUGAGCCCCUGGUCAACACCAAGGAGAUCAUCGGCUACGUGCUGCACAUCAGGAAGGCAGCUGACCCACCUGAGUUGGAGUAUCAGGAAGCCGUCAGCAAGAGCACCUUACAGCAUGUGGUGAGCGACCUGGAGGCCUCCACAGCCUACAGCUUCUACAUCAAGGCCUACACGCCGAGGGGGGCGAGCUUGGCCUCUGCCCCCACCCUGGCCAGCACUCUGGGCGAAGCCCCUGCCCCACCCCCGUUGUCAGUGCGGGUCCUCAGCAGCUCAUCCCUGCAGCUGCUCUGGGAACCUUGGCCCCGGCUGGCCCAGCAUGAGGGCGGCUUCAAGCUGUUUUACCGCCCAGCAAGCAAGGCCUCCUUCACAGGCCCCAUCAUGCUGCCUGGAACUGUCUCCUCCUACAAUCUCAGCCAUCUCGAUCCCACUGUGGUGUAUGAGGUGAAGCUGCUCGCCUAUAACCAGCAUGGAGAUGGCAAUGCCACAGUUCGCUUUGUAUCUUUGAGGGGAGCAUCUGAGAGGACAGCCCUGAGCCUGCCGUGUGACUGCCGGAAGGAGGAGGCCACCAACCAGACGUCCACCACGGGCAUUGUCAUCGGCAUCCACAUUGGGGUCACCUGCAUCAUCUUCUGUGUCCUCUUCCUCCUGUUUGGCCAAAGGGGCAGGACCCUCUUGUGUACAGAUGUAGAAAACCAGCUCUCCCCACCUCAGGACCCCCGGAGUCAGGGGGACCCUGGCAUCCUGGCUCUGAAUGGGGCAGGACGGGGGGAGCGGGGCCAGCUGGGCCGAGACAAGAAACAUGUGGACGUGAAGGAACUGGAGCAGUUGUUUCCACCAGCUGGGGUGGCAGGGCUGUCAGACCCCAGACCCACGCAGGACCCUGCGGCCCCCAUCCCAUGUGAGGAGACCCAGCUCUCCAUGCUGCCGCUCCAGGGGCACAGCCUUCUGGAGGAGUCAACAUUGGAGGUCCAGGCCCCCUGUGCAGGCCCCACGGCUGCCCCAGCCCCCCAGGACACAGGCCCCGCCAGGCUGUCCACAGACGCAGCUGCCCAGCCACUUCGCUCGGGACAGUAGCUGCUGUCUGGCAAGUUCUAGCAGCGGGCAGCCCCCAUUCUCAGGUCAAAGGCAAGACUUCUGUCAUGUGGGCUUUGGAUGGUGCUGUUGGGCUCCCCAGCAUUUCUGCCCGUUCUGCCUUGCGGAUUGUCAAGACCUAAGGCAGCCUCAAAACAGACCUCCCCCCCAAGGAAUUGCAGGGGUCCUUGCAGCAGCCCCUCCCCUGGGGCUCAUGUGCCCCUCACCCCUGCCUGGUACCCACAUGACUUGGAACUGAACUGAUGUUUUCCUUUAAGACAAAAAUGAACAACUUAAAAUCGAAAAAAAAAAAAAAAAUAGACAGUGAGAGAAGAGAGAGGACGGUGAAUUAGACUCCAAAAAUAAUCCCCUGCCGUGGCUGGGCCCUGACACCAUCCUGCCACUGGCCUUGUUUUCUCAGGAUGGAUUUUUGCUGUUUGGCUCUCAGCACCUACCUCAGCCGGAAUGAAUGUCCUUGGGGAGUGGGGGUGUAGUCUCAUCCCCCUACUCCACAGAGCCCUGAAUGCACUCCUACCUCAAGCCCCCUUUAAGGGCACCCCCGCUCCUUUCCCACAUUGUUGUCCAGACAUUUAAAAAAAAAAAAAAAAAAAAAAAAAAAGCACUUCCCCAUU